GCCUGCAUAGGUUGCAACCACUUGCCAAACACUCUUCUUUUUUUUCUUCUUUUUUUUCUUCUUCUUUUCCUCUUGCUCAUUCGCAUCUCAUUCCAGACAUUCACAAUGCAGCAACAGGUCUUCAACCCAAGGGACUACCCUAUUAUUAUGGCCAUCGACUUUGGCACGACCUUCUCGGGCUGUGCUUACGCCUAUGCGCAAGACGAAAAAGAGGUGAUUGACAUCACGACUUGGCCUAAACAGAUUAUUCAAUAUCCCAAGACUCCGACCUUGAACUUGUACAAAAAGGACGAUAUUGAGCAUAAGCUGGUCGCAUGGGGGUGGAAGGCGAAACUAGAGACCCUCAAGCCCACCGCUCGACAGCACACUCUCCUCUCCCAAUACAAGUUGCAUCUAGACGAAACCAUGCAUAACGCUCCCUUGGAAGUUGACAUCACUGUUCUCGAGGCUAUUUCGCACUAUCUGGAAGCAUUCCACGAAUACGUCCUCGGUGAGAUUAUGCGUGGUUUCGCUAAGAACUUUCAGCGAGAUCAUUUCCGGUACUGCCUGACGGUCCCGGCGAUGUGGUCUGACAAGGCCAAGAACCUUAUGAGACAGGCCGCCAUCAAGUCCCACCUCAUCAAGGAGACCGAUCAUCCCGACCGCCUCAUGUUGAUAUCGGAGCCAGAGGCCGCGGCCCUGUAUUGCGAGCGCAAAUGCGACCAAUUCGACCUUGGCCACGGGGACCGCUUCAUGAUUUGCGAUGCUGGUGGAGGAACUGUGGAUCUGAUUGUCUUUGAAAUCGAGGUGACUAGCGCAGGACGGCGUCUUUCCGAAGUGACAAAAGGUCACGGUGCCUCUUGCGGCUCAGUCUUCCUGGAUCGCAACCUGCGUCGUCUCUUGGAACAAAGGUUUGGUCACUAUGCUGCUAACUUUCCAGCAAACAUCAUCCCCAACCUAGUCGACACGUUCGCGGACGCGAUCAAGCCGCAGUUUGAUGGAAUCGAGGACCAGUUCCUGCAACUGCCUGCGAGCAAGUGCUUUGAAGACUUGGAGGACCCAGAAGCAAUGGGCAUUGAUGACGGCUACCUGGUCCUCACUGCAUCCGAACUGCAGGAGAACGUUUUCGAGCCGGUGGUGAAGAGUGUGCUGGCGCUUAUUCAGGAGCAAUUGUCACAGUCCAAGACCUGCUCGGCCAUUUUCUUGGUCGGUGGAUUCGGGUCCUCCAACUACCUCUACAGCCGUGUCAAAACACAGUUCAGCAGCCAAGUCGGACUGAUCUCUACCCCACCUCGUCCUGAGCUGGCUGUCGUUCGCGGUGCGGUCUGCGUAGGCCUGAAUCCCCGAGUCGUGACAGCACGUAUUGCGCGCCGGUGCUAUGGCAUUUCAUCGGAUCAACCGUUCGAGAGAGGCAGGGACCCGCUGGCGAAACGCAAGUUCGAGGUGAAUGGCGUCUGGUGCAUAGACCGAUUUACUGUUUUUGUCAAGAGGGGCCAAAAGGUCAACGUGGAUGAGUGCAUGUCGCGAGAGUUCUCGUUCACAAAAUACUCUGAGGGUCCCGAGGAUUACAACGUUGCCCUGUUCGCCGCGGAUACCGAUGGAGAUCCACCAAGAUAUACCACCGAUGUCGGAGUAAUCAAGUUAGCUGACAUUCCAAUUCCAUGCCCACAUCCACCUCUGGCCCGCCUGGGAUCUGUGGUCAAGGUGAAGGUCAUCAUGCACUUUGGUCUAAACGAGAUCAAGGCAGAAGCAACCAUAGGUAACCUAGUCUACAGCACUGUUCUGCAGUUCGACGCGGUGGACACUUUUUAAAUACCUACAUACCAAAGCAUAACGUCCAGCGUCCUUUGAUCCGUAUAUCUGGGAGUACCAAAAAAAGAAUAAACUGCUCUUUGGGCGUCGGGCGUCACGUGCUGGCAC